AUUAAUACACAAAAAAUAUUCAUCUAAUCUAUUCUUCUAAAUCCUUAGAGAAAAAUGAAAACCUCAUUCUUAGCAUUUUCCAUCCUUUGUUUAGCCUUCAUUUGCAAAACUAUUGCAGCACCUGAACCAGUUCUUGACAUUUCAGGAAAACAAUUAACAACAGGUGUGAAAUACUAUAUUUUACCAGUCAUAAGAGGUAAAGGUGGUGGUUUAACAGUGGCAAACCAUGGUGAAAACAACCAAACAUGUCCCCUUUAUGUUGUUCAAGAGAAGCUUGAAGUAAAGAAUGGUGAAGCAGUUACUUUCACACCUUAUAAUGCUAAACAAGGUGUGAUUCUAACUUCUACUGAUCUCAAUAUUAAGUCCUUUGUAACAAAAACGAAAUGUCCUCAAACACAAGUUUGGAAGCUUCUUAAAGAGUUGACAGGGGUGUGGUUUUUAGCUACAGGGGGUGUAGAAGGUAAUCCAAGUAUGGCAACUGUUGGUAAUUGGUUUAAGAUUGAGAAAGCUGAUAAAGAUUAUGUGCUUUCUUUCUGUCCUGCUGAAGCUUGCAAAUGUCAAACUUUGUGUAGGGAACUAGGGUUGUUUGUUGAUGAUAAGGGAAAUAAGCACUUAGCUCUUAGUGAUCAAAUCCCAUCAUUUAGGGUUGUAUUUAAAAGGGCUUGAAUGUGUGAAAUAACACUAUAGUUUCAUAAAUGUUAUGCAAUUAUGCAUAUCAUAUGGUUUUGUUGAAGGAAUAAUAUCACUAAUCAGUGAUCAUCUCCAUUUCUAUCACUUGUUCCAUGCUCUACUUUAUUGUAUGUAUUUCAGGUCAGCUCAGUGAUAAGAGUUUGACUUUUAAAUAAUUGAAUUCAAAUCUUCUCGAUAA